AUGAAGAGUCCAAGAGCCGACGAAGACGAUGCAGAGCUGCUGCUGUCGCUCUCCUGCGGGGCGACGACGGCGAAGCCCCACAGUGAGCCGAGGGCGGCGGUCGGUGUCUUCGAGUGCAAGACGUGCAGUCGCCAAUUCCCGACGUUCCAAGCGCUCGGCGGCCACCGGACGAGCCACAAGCGCCCGAGAACCGAUCGUUCCGUCUCCAAACGUAGCGUGCAUCGGUGCUCCAUCUGUGGCAUGGAUUUCGCGAUGGGGCAAGCUUUGGGCGGCCACAUGCGCCGCCAUAAGCCCACGGCCGAGGAGACUCAUCAGAAGAAGGAAUCGAGCAUGGCUGGUCUACAGUUUGACGUCUCCGAUGAUGAUCGGAUUAAAUUCGUGUUCAAAGCUGCUAUCACAUAG